CCGGAGCGGGCGGCCAGCAGUCGGCGGCCCCGUCGGCGGCGGCGCGGAGGUCUUGGCGGCGGCGGCGGCGGCGGCGCCCUGGAGCGGCCCGGCCUCCCGAUGCCCCUGCGCCGGCUGCCGCGGGCGUAGGUGCCCGGCUCGGGCCCUGAGGCGGCCGCGGGGCGGGGCGGCGGAGACCGAGCGGCUGGGGGGCGAGGCGGCGGCCGCGGGCAGGAGGAUGGGGGCCAACCAGCUGGUGGUGCUCAACGUGUACGACAUGUACUGGAUGAACGAGUACACCUCCUCCAUCGGGAUUGGAGUUUUCCAUUCAGGAAUUGAAGUGUAUGGCAGAGAAUUUGCUUACGGUGGCCAUCCUUACCCCUUUUCUGGAAUAUUUGAAAUUUCCCCCGGAAAAGCUUCUGAACUAGGAGAGACAUUUAAAUUUAAAGAAUCUGUUGUUUUAGGGAGCACGGACUUCCUAGAAGAUGAGAUAGAAAAGAUUGUGGAAGAACUGGGGAAAGAGUACAGAGGCAAUGCCUACCACUUGAUGCACAAGAACUGCAAUCACUUCUCCUCAGCUUUAUCGGAGAUCCUCUGCGGGAAGGAGAUUCCGCGCUGGAUCAACCGGCUGGCCUACUUCAGCUCCUGCAUCCCCUUCCUGCAGAGCUGCCUGCCCAAGGAGUGGCUCACGCCCGCCGCGCUGCAGUCCAGCGUGAGCCAGGAGCUGCAGGGCGAACUGGAGGAGGCCGAGGACGCGGUCGCCUCGGCCGCCGCGGCCGCCGCCCGGCCCGGGCGCCACACGAAACUCUGAGGUCUCCAAGCCUCACUCCGCACCGUCUGGCAGGCGACCCACUGGCGAGAAGCAGAGAGGAAGCGCCCUAGGAUGCUGGUAUGCAAAGCUGGCUCUCCCCACCCCGGUCACAGCUCAGGAUUCCAUUUGUACAACCACCGCUCCGCAGGAGGGACUGCGGGCAGCGCCUCUGGUUUUUACCCUCUGUAAAUCAGAUUUCUGUUUUCUACACUCCCCUCAGUUAUGUUUACAGUAUUUUGUACCGCUGUUUACAAUCCUGCAUGGACUCCUGCCGCCGAGAAGAAACUCCACGUCUUCACUGUCCGUCCGGCAGCGAUCGUACACUUCCCACUGCCAGGCCCUGGCCGUCAGGUCUGUGCGUGUCUGUGGAGGGUUUGGCACAGGAUGCAGAGCGCGAAGGAGCACACACAGCGCGAGGCCGGGGGCCUUGUCUGCUGGGAGGCAGGCCCCCCCCCCCCCCCCCCCCCCCCGCGGGCAGCACAUCUCCCUGGGUCCUCCCAGCCCUCCUCCGGCGGAGGCGCUCGCCUCGCCUCUGUCCGGGGCUUUGAUGCCUCCGGCUCUGGAGUUAAGAUGUUUUUCAUUAAGUAACUGACUAGUACGGGCUGGAGGCCUCAUUUUGAUCUUAACCGGUGACAGCCUCCCUGCACGGUAGCUUCCGAGCAGCAGGGCGGGUGCCUUCCAGCUGCAGGGGACUGUCCAGCUGCCUUUAUGAGACCUCGAGAGCUGGUCUCCAGCACACACUCCAACAGCGAGCUCCGAGGUCUGACACGUUGGCACCACGUCGGAGGGCAGUGUAGUGUCUUAGGGAGCACUUCUCCUCAAUGGAACGCCUCCGCAUUGACCUCUUGUUUAAGGCACAUUUGUCAUCUUUCAGUUCCUCUUCCUGUUCCCUCAGAUGUACGUCUCCACGUCACGUUCUCUAGGGAUGGGGUUGUCACACAGAGCCGUCCGGCCUCACAGCCAGGACUCUGUCUGCUGAGUCCGCUCCCAGCUCGGCCCUGGGUGCGAGAGCCAGGCCCUCACACGCCAGGUCCCGUCUCUCUGCCUUAAGAGUGAAUGUCCCACGCGAGAUGGAUGCAGUGCACACGCACCAAGGCAGUGACUCCGAUCCAUGCAUUGUUAGUUUGAAGUCCCCUACUUUUAGUCAGCGUCUGGACUGGAGUGCCCCUCCUCUUUGUAAAGAUGCCUAUCUUUCAGUAAACCACAUUUUUAACUUUUCCAUAAGCGAUUCUGAUUCAUUUAACAGCUUCAGCACACCCUGUCCAGAGGGAAAACCCUCCUGAGUUUGCGUAUCGGCCCGAGGAAAGGGAAGCCCGGAGGGAAGCUGAGCACUCCCGCUCGGGGGGUGGAGCACAGUGAGGAGGAGGACCGGAGCUCCAUGGGAAGGCGGCUUGGUUCAGGUCUAGAGCGAGAUGAGAACAAACACUAAGAGGCAAGCAGUGAUCUGGUCAUUCAAACCAGUCCCGUCCCCACCCCCCGCGAGGGGAAAGUGCGUUUUCCCGGGCUUGUCCGCCGGGGCAGGUCGCGGUUGCUCAUCCAUUCAGAGCACAGGCUUCCGGCCGGCUAGUGGCCAGCACAUAAGCAGCUGCAUUCCUUGUUGUGCUGACUUCAGUCUGCAGCCGCGGGUUAAAACAAGUCUCUGUGGCCCAGGGCCGGGCACAGUAACACCAGGCGGGACUCUGGGCGUGAGGUGGGCACCGUCUCAGUGGACUCCAGGUUGGGAAAUAGAUGUCGUUACUUAGGGGACCUCCCGCCAAUGGGUCUGAUGGGCUCUUAGCCAGCCUCGCCUCGGAGGGGAGAAUCCUGCUCAGCCUGACCUUGUAGCACUCGGCCUCGGAGGCUGGACGAUGGAGUCGCCCCUCACCGGCCCGCGGGACAGGAGGGCCCAGGGGAGGUCGGGCUGCUGGUUCUGCUGCUCCCCAUGCCCGGGGGGGGGGGGGGGGGGGCUGUGGGGCCAGCGCGCCCUGCCCACAGCAAUAGCGUUCCCUUCACCAGCACUGGCCCCGCAGGGUCCCCCCAGAGGUCAGCCCUGCCACCGCUGCCCCGUGGCUUCCCCGGCACCAGCCGGCGGCAGCACUCGCCGUGGUCCCGGGCGUCUCCUCGGGCUCCGUUUCUGCAGCCCCGGAGGCGUCUUCGCUGCGGGCAGCUGUCCCGGCUGAGACUCCAUGACCCUGAAGAUGGUUCCUGUGACGCUGAAUGCAGAUGUACUGUCAUUCGUAGUGUUUCUACACCAGUACCAGGAACCUUCACUUUUGCUACCUUGAUAUAGCAUUGGCUAUCAUGUUAACAUUGAAAUACAUCGAUUUAUUAAAACAUACUUUUGUAAGAA